AUGGAGGAGCAGGAUGAGGAAAUCAUUCACGAAGCCGUCCGCGAGCGGUACGACCAUCCUUCCAGCUUUCGAUUCCGCCGAGUGGCCUCCAAGACAGUCGUUUCAUUCGGCCCUGAUGACCCGGAAAACCCCCUUAACUGGAGCAAGGGGAAGAAGUUCUAUGUCCUUUCCGCCGGGGUCCUGCAGGUGAUGAAUAGCACCAUUGGUUCGUCCAUCUGCAGUGGCGCUAUCACGCCCAUGGCCAAGGAGUUCGAUAUCACAAGUCAGGAACUACUUGUUCUGCCCAUCUCCAUCUUCCUCAUUGGCUACAUUCUCGGACCGUUGUUGGCUGGCCCGUUGUCGGAGGCAUACGGCCGUAAAUAUCCCCUCCUUAUCUCCUUCAUAUUCUUCACUAUCUUCAUGAUGGCCUGCGCCUUGGCGCCCUCUUUCUCUUCCCUGUUGGUGUUCCGCCUAUUGAACGGCGUCUUCGCCGCAGCCCCAAUCGCCAUCGUAGGUGGCCUUUUUGCAGACAUCUACAGUGAUCCAACGUUCAGAGGUCGCGCCAUGUCGUAUUUCAUGGCUUGUACCACGUUUGGCCCGUGUAUCGGUCCUUGGGUCUCCGGUUAUAUCAGUGUCGUCAAUUGGCGAUGGAGCUUUUGGUUCGGCCUCAUCUGUGCGGGCCUGACUCUACCCCUGGUCGCCUUCAUGCCGGAAACCUAUUCCCCCGUCAUUCUCCAGCGCCGAGCACGACGCCUGCGCAAGGAUACCGGUAAUGCCAGCAUCGUGGCACCCCUGGACAUCGAGAACAGAAACCUCACCCAAGCCCUGCUUCUAACGCUUUCACGGCCGUUCCGGAUGGUCAUGCACGAAUGGAUCGUCUCGCUGACAUGCCUUUACGUUUCCCUCGCGUAUGCCGUCUUCUACCUCUACUUCGAGGCGUAUCCGAUCAUCUUCCAGGACCUCUACGGAAUGAGUCCCGGCCCGGCCGGCCUAUGCUUCCUCCCUAUCGGCGUGGGCGCCAUGUUUUCCUGCCUAGUGUUCAUCUGGUACGACAAGUACCUUGCGCGGGCCAAAGCCCGCGGCGCCGCCUGGACCAAGCAAGAGGAAUACCGCCGGCUCCCGCUUGCCUGCAUCGGCGGCCCGCUGUACGUGAUCUCCCUGCUAUGGGUGGGGUGGACGGCGUACGCGAACAUCCACUGGGCGGCGCCCAUGAUGUCCGGGAUCCCCUUCGGGAUGGCGUACCUGCUGAUUUUCAUGGCGAUGCUGAACUACCUCACGGACGCGUACGAGACGCUCUCCGCCAGCGCCCAGGCCGCCGCCAGCUGUACGCGCAGCAUGUUCGGCGCCGUGCUGCCCCUCGCCGCGCGGCCCAUGUUCAACCGCCUGGGAAUCCAUUGGGCGUGCACCCUCCUCGCCUGCCUCAGCCUGGCCGUCUCCAUCAUCCCCUUCGCCUUUAUUCGCUAUGGCGACCAGAUCCGCGCCAACAGCAAGUUCUGUCUGGAGCUUCAGCGGCUCAAGGACAUUGCCAGGGCGGAACAGGAGGCUGACGACAACGCUGUCCUGCAGACCGAGAGGCCCAAGGCGGAUGCAGAUAUUGAGAAACAAUAA